GGUUCCAAACCCCUGAACUGCGGAUUCCAAAGCUUUGUCCCCCGUAUCUGGACCCUAGGUACGCUAGUUCCAUUAUGAAUCCUACUUCAAUCCAUGCUAUUAAGCUUAAUCUCUACAAAUACCCACUCUCAUUACCAGUUUUGGGCUUCAUCUUUAUACCAAAAUUUCCCUAUUCUUCUUCUUCUUCUUCAUCUCUGCAAACCCUUAACCAAUCUCAAACCAAUUCAAUCUCAAACUCACUCUAUCACCUUCUCCCCCAAACCCAAAACCCCAACAACAUUGUCAAUCUCAUCUGCUCUAAUCUCAAGCAACACAAUUCCAAUCUUGCCCUUCUUCACACAGAAGUGAAUGCGCUUCUCCCUCAUCUGGGCGCCCAGGAAAUUUCUAGGGUUCUGUUGAGAUGCCAAUCUGAUUCCUUCACGGCUCUCUCUUUCUUCAAUUGGGUAAAAGAUGAUCUGGGUCUGAGACCCAGUACCCAGAACUAUUGUAUUGUCGUUCAUACGUUGGCAUGGUCUAGGAAUUUUUCCCAAGCAAUGAAAUUUUUAUGUGAAUUGGUGGAGUUGGUUAAGGAUGAUUUGCCCAGUGAAGAUGUUUUCAAAAAUUUGAUUUUGUGUACUGAAGAUUGUAAUUGGGACCCUGUUGUCUUCGAUAUGCUUGUUAAGGCCUAUCUGAGAAUGGGGCGGGUUCGAGAGGGUUUAAGAAGUUUUAGGAGGAUGCUAAGGGUUGGUUUUGUCCCCACUGUGAUUACCUCAAAUUAUCUUUUGAAUGGAUUGUUGAAGCUGAAUUAUACUGAUCGGUGUUGGGAAGUUUAUGAAGAAAUGGAAAGAUUUGGGAUAGCUCCAAAUUUGUAUACAUUUAAUAUUUUGACUCACGUUCUAUGCAAGGAUGGGGAUACAGGUAAGGUGAACAAGUUCUUAGAGAAGAUGGAAGAAGAAGGGUUCGACCCUGAUAUUGUGACUUAUAAUACACUGAUAAAUAGCUAUUGUAGGAAAGGAAGGCUGGAUGAUGCAUUUUAUCUGUAUAAGAUCAUGUAUAGGAGGGGUGUGGUGCCAGAUUUGGUUUCAUAUACUGCCUUGAUGAAUGGUCUUUGUAAAGAAGGGAGGGUGAGAGAAGCUCAUCAGCUCUUCCAUAGGAUGGUUCAUAGAGGGCUGAGUCCAGAUAUUGUAACAUACAACACUCUUAUUCAUGGUUAUUGCAAGGAGGGAAAGAUGCAAGAAUCAAGGUCAUUGUUGCAUGACAUGAUAUGGAAUGGGAUCUCUCCAGACAGUUUCACUUGUUGGGUACUUGUGGAAGGAUAUGGGAAAGAGGGUAAAUUUCUUUCAGCUUUGAAUUUGGUUGUGGAGCUUCAGAGAUUUGGAGUUUCAAUAUCACAGGAUAUUUAUUCUUACCUAAUAGUGGCUUUGUGUCGGGAGAAUCGGCCUUUUGCAGCCAAGAACCUUUUGGAGAGAAUGUCUCAAGAUGGCCACAAGCCUGAGUUGGAGAUUUAUAAUGAGUUAAUCAAAUCAUUCUGCCAAUGUGAUUGUAUAGCAGAGGCUUUACUACUGAAAAUGGAGAUGGUUGAUAACGAAAUAAAGCCCAAUUUAGCUACUUAUAGAGCUGUUAUAGGCUGCUUGAGUAGAUUAAGUAGAAGUAUGGAGGGUGAAUCAUUAGUGGGUGAAAUGGUUGCAUCUGGCAUUCUACCUGAUUUGGAAAUUUGCAGGGCUUUAUUUUAUGGGUACUGCAGGGAAAAUGAUAUUGAUAAAGCAGAAUCACUAUUGAGCUUCUUGGCCAAGGAAUUCCAAAUUCAUGACACAGAAAGUUUUAAUGCACUUAUCAGAAUUACCAGUGCAAAGGGUGACAUUGCUAGGUCAUUGGAGAUCCAGGAUAUGAUGCUGAAAAUGGGGCUUUUGCCAAAUCCACUGACAUGCAAGUAUGUGAUUGAUGGAUUAUGGAAAGCCAGGAGGGUGGACUCUGCAAGCUUGAUGGAAUGAAAUGAAAUAUGAUAGGAGGUGUUUAAGGAGAAACAGUGUCUGCCAUUCUUCUAGAUAGUUGGGAGGUUUUGCAAAGUGCUCCUAAUCCAGGAUGCCAUGUGACUAACUGCAUGGAUGUGGUAUAGCUUCAGAGUGGUGACUGCAGAUUAUAAAUUUAAAUGCUAGAACAAUUCAAACAUAACAGGCUGGUGUUCUAAUCUGUCUUCAACAUUAAUUUACUGUGUUAAGUAACCUAGAAGUUAGCCUUACCCACAAUAUGUAGUUUUGUAUCUGUGGACAUGAUGAUCAAAUUUACAAUUGGGCUACAUGAAUAGGAUAUGGUGAUUAUCCAUCUUACCUGCUGUCUAUUGACAAAAGCAACAACAACAUGGCUGUAUCUCUGGCAUGUUCAACGCAUCAUCUCUGUGUCUCUUGGAAAGACUACUUGCCUCUUGGAAAGCAGGUUAGGCUCACCAACAUGGUUGUCCCUCAAGAUUUCAAUGAAAAAUGUGGCAUUCAGACAGGGCAGAAACUGGAAAUCUACAAAGGGAUGGUAUUAUGGUGGGUUUGGGAUGGGAUCUCCUAUCCUAAACAAGGCUCAAAUUCUCCUUCAAAAAUAAAGUAUUUAGUUUUCUUCAGUAACAUAUGAUGAUUUACAUGCUUUCAGCUGUAAUUUAGAGCUGAAAGUCCCUUUGCUUUUUGCUUCCUGACAUCAGAAGUAUGUUUGAUCAUUCCUCCUACAUGGUAUAGAAAUUUUCCCAAAGUUACUUAUUACUACAAUGCCUUAACAGUACCAAAAAAAAUGUGAGUAAAGGGAGUUGAUAUUUGGCUGGCCUGCUAGAACCCUUGCCUGUCUCAAUUGAAGUUGGAACUCACCAUUUCAUCUCUGCCCCUAGCUUGUGUAUGGGCCAACGUGUACCAAUAAGGUGACCUGUUGAAGGUUAACUGAUUAGACAGCCCCUUUGCCAUCCUUUCCAGCAGAGUGAGAUCUAUUCCAUUAUUCUAUUUACUUCAUUUGUGGACAUAUGUAUAUAUAGACACACACACUCACAUACUUGCUUUCCUAUUUGUUAACUUUUGCUUCCAUGGGUUCUCAGGGAACUAUUGCAUAUUGUUUUCUACAAUCUCUCAUACUUUUCAUACACUUAAGUUUCAUGACAAUAUUACUUCUUUUUGGUAUUACUUGCUGCAGUACAUUUUUUCCUGUUUGGACUUGAUUUCCCCUGAUUCAUGCCUCAUUUGUUUUGUUUUAUGACAGCUGCAUGUAGAUGUUAAAGCUGCCAACAUGGCCACAUUUGAUGGCAUGAAUACAUCUAGUCUUUGGGGGGAUAAUGAGUCUCUUGAGGAAAAUGCCCUUCAGGUACUGCUGGGAAAACUUUAGUUCCAGGAACAUAUGCCUUGAUCCUCAAGACUUCUCCAUUAUCAACGUGAUCAUGGUGUUGACAUGCAACAAGCCUCAUACUGUGUUUAUUAAAGAGUUUAGUUGUCACCAAAACAAAUUCCCAUGAUAGAAGAGUCCCUAGUGUUAUUUUUUACGAACUUGAUGUGAGAUGGAGUUGUAUCCUUCUUUGCUGAUAUCAUUGUCUUGUUGGGUCAGUGCAUGGAGGCAUACAUUGCCCUUGUUGAUGUUCUUGGACCAACCUCUUCUAUUUCAGCAAUUAAAGCCUGUAUUUUGCAUUUGUAUGUGUGCUUGGACCAUCCUCUACCAAAGCAAUCAAAGCAUGUAGAGUAGUAGUUAGUAUCUGUUUGAUGAAAUUUGAAAAUAUUGAAUGGAAAAAGGAUUUUCUUAGAAGUUCUAUUCUAUGGAUGCUCUUCCCCUUUU